AUGAGCAACUUUGGAAUUUUAAUUCUUCGGGAAAAAGCCGGUGCUUGUGUUACCCCACACAAAAGUCUUGGAUCAUUGAAAUCAGCUCUUUGCAAGGCUUGGGACAAUUUGGAUGACGACUACCUGCGGGCCACCUGUGAUGCCUUCAUGAAGCGAUUAAAGUUAUGUAUAAAUGCUCAGGGUGGCUUCCUUGAAGUC